UAUGAACUGAUUGGUUACGUAAGAAGUGCUGAGUCAAUUUGCGUGACAUUUUUUUGAAAUAACUAAGCCUUGACAAUACCAAUAUCUGACAUUUUUGGAAUCAGAAAUGAAAAAGUCUAUGUACCUGUGCAAAAAUCCAGAAUGUAUGUGUCUAUAAAGUUGAUGAUUGAGGACAAGUGACAAAACGUCAUUUAUAAAUUCUAGUAAUAGCAAUGUUAUUGUAGUUUUGAAAUUACAAGUUAAAUAAAGUCUUGAAAAAAUAAUACGGUGCAUAAGAAUAGUUGUGGAUGUAUAUUUUGUCCUUUUCAUUGCAGGUUCACUCCACAAUAUAAACAUGUGGUAAUAGGCGUGGCUGGGGGGGCUGGCCCCUCUAUAGUCGUGGCGCCGCCAUCAUUGAUCACCACGGCGACCGACACAGUAAAUUCGAUGCAGAGCGGCGCAGAGCAGCGUAAAGAAAAUUUUUGA